CGCAUUUACUGCGUUAAUGUGAGCGAGAUCGAUCAUCUUUAACCGAUCUUUCGAUAUUCUUUAAUCAAUCUUCAACCAAUUGAGACGUAACCAAGACACGUAACAGAGACAUAAGUCUCAUACAGCCUUGACAUAACCGGUAGCCAAGGUGGACACAGUUGCGGUAGCAACCAAGGUUGUUGUAACGAAGCCAGCUUGGGACUGUAGGAAUUGUGGUACUGAUCUGUUUCAGAAGCCUGCAUAAAUGGAUCCUUUUCCAUUCACUGACAAGGACACCGUUUGGACAUAUCUGAGGACGGUUGCAAACAAAAAACGAACAUUUGAAGAUCCUCUUUAUGCAGAAGGCAAUGCUGCCUGUGGAAUGCAGCUACAAUAUGUAGCUGUCGAUUUGGAUGAGGAAGAGCUGGAGUGCGAGCGGGCGCCGCUGCGGUGCGAGGUGGCCGGCUGCGGCCGCCGGCUGGGCUCGGUGGUCGAGCAGGAGGCGCACUACGCCGCCAGUCACCGGCACAGCUGCGCCAUCUGCCGCGCUCGCCUGCCGUCGCUCCACACGCUGCAGCUGCACCUGGAGGAGAGUCACGACUCGCUGUUUCAGCUGCGCGCCCAGCGUCAGCCAAUGUACGCCUGCUUCGUCGAAUCGUGCGGUGUGCUGUCGGCGGACCCGGUCGCCAGGCGGCAGCACUGCGUCAGCGAACACUGCUUCCCGGCCGACUUCUGCUAUUCGCCCCGCCCCCCAGCUGCGGACGUCAGCGAGCCGCCGCCCCCGACCGUGGGCAUCAGCGGGGCCACGCCCCCGGCCGGCCGGCCGCGCCUGCGCUUCUCGUACCGCGUGCCGGAGGAGGGCGUGAGCUUCGGCGAGCGGGCGGUGCCUUCGCUCCGGCGGAGACACGACGACGGAGGCGCUGGAGAGAUCGACAUGGCCAGCCUGGCGGCGGCGCUAGAGAUGGAGCCGUUGUAGACCCCGCCCGGCACCAAAGAGGCUCCAGCCCGGUCUCUGGUCUGUCGGCGCCCUUGGCCCACCUUACGGCCGUGUACGCACCGUCCAGUCAUGUAGACUCAGCUAGACUAUUUUGAUUGAACCAGGCAGUGAGAACUCGGAGUCGCCGGAGACUCACGGAGACCAGGCAGUGACAGCUCUGAACCGCCAGAGA